CUCGCGGCUAACUUUCCAGAGCCCCGACCCGCCGAGCGGAGCUUCCCUGGCAGCUGCGGGGCCCACAGCCGACCUCGGGCGGAGAGCCCGGCUGUUCCCACUAUCCCAUCUCAAGCCCCCUGGGAGCGCUCGGGAGAGAACAGGACCAUGUCCCGGGCUGGGAACCGAGGCAAUACUCAGGCGAGAUGGCUGGGCACUGGGCUUUUGGGUCUCUUCCUGCUCCCCAUGUACCUGUCGUUGGAGGUAUCUGUGGGAAAGGCCACCACCAUCUACGCUAUCAACGGCUCAGCGAUCCUGCUGCCCUGCACCUUCUCCAGCUGUUACGGCUUUGAGAACCUCUACUUCAGGUGGUCCUACAAUAACAGCGAGACAUUCAGGAUUCUCAUCGACGGGAUUGUGAAGAACGAUAAAUCUGACCCUAAGGUGAGAAUAAAGGAUGAUGACCGCAUCACCCUGGAGGGCUCCACCAAGGAGAAGAUGAACAACAUCUCCAUCCUUCUGAGUGACCUGGACUUCAGUGACACCGGCAAAUACACCUGCUUCGUGAGGAACCCCAAGGAGAAGGACUUGAACAACUCUGCCACCAUCUUCCUCCAAGUGGUGGAUAAAUUGGAAGAAGUAGACAACACGGUGACACUCAUCAUCCUGGCUGUGGUGGGCGGGGUCAUUGGACUUCUCGUUUGCAUCCUGCUGCUGAAGAAGCUCAUCACCUUCAUCCUGAAGAAGACCCGAGAGAAGAAGAAGGAGUGCCUCGUGAGUUCCUCUGGGAAUGACAACACGGAGAACGGGCUGCCUGGCUCCAAGGCAGAAGAGAAGCCACCCACAAAAGUAUGAGGCCCUGCUCGGGGCCAAGCAGGGCAGGGAGCCUCACUUUCUGAUGGUGAUACGGAUGCUGAGUCCUGAGAUGUGUGCUGCUUGGCUCAAACUGUUCUUUCUGAGCAGGAAGGACCUGGCCCCGCCCAGCAGCCAUUCCCUCCCCGCCAGGGCUUCCAGGGGACAAGGGUUGCCUGGGGGAAGGAAGCCUACCUGAGGGGGAAGGAAGACAGGGAAGGGAGGAGCUGGAGUGGUGUGGAAGGUUUGGUUUCUGGGCACGUGGGGUCUCCUUUAGACUUUCCCCUCUGUGAAGCCUCACUUUCUCCUCAGUUUUCCUUCUGAUCUUUCACCAGGAAAUCGGGGUGAUCAGGGAGGCCUGCUCCCAAAGCUGGGGUUUGGAGCCAGGUAGAGGGUGACCACUUCAGAAGCUGGGAAUGCAUGAGAACUCCGGGAUGGAGUCUUCUGGGCGGUGGGGCCAGUUGUGAGAGGAAAGCUGGGCUUUGAAGAAUAUCAGGCUUCUGGAGGUUCCUCCAGAGGAGGCUUCUCUUACCCCCACCCUGUAAUACCUGCCCACACUGUCCUGCCUCCCUGACCAGCCUCCUGCUCUGAAUUUGUAAACCCACCAGCUAGGCCUGGCUGCCCUGGUCUCCAGGUGUCCCAGCCUACCUAGCCUGUGUUUGCUCGCUGGGCUGCAGCUGCUGAGGAGGCUUGUGGGGAGGGCAGCCUUCAUCCUUCUGGAGCACUGGGGUGCUAGAUGCAGCUUUUUUGGCUUUGCUCUCUGAGUUUCAGAGGUGGGAGAACAGUGUCCCUGACCUCCCAGCCUUUGGAAUGUCUACCCCAGCCCUACAAGACUGGUAUCCCUCAUCCUUGGCACGGCAGGACCAUGCCACCCCGAUACUUCCGGAGCUCAGUUUUCCACACAUCUUCCCUUUUCUUGAAACAGCUGGCAUUGCCACCUUACCCGAGGACUUCCCAUCCCAAACCUUUGCUCCUUCUGUGUCCGUCCUGCAUGCCUGGCCUUCCCCUGCUCCCAGGUCUGCCUUUGCCUCAGGGACCCUUGUUUCCAGGUGAGAAGCCCUUGGCUUUUCCACCGUCCUUUUUGCUCAGCUGGGCCAACUCCUCACUGAGCCUGAGGCUGAGGAGGAGCUGGGAGAGGGUACUCACAUCUUCUCUUUACUUCUCGCAGAGCGGGUUUGCACCCCUCGAGCCGUGGGGUUGGAUUGUGCCUUAGUUCCCCGAGUCCUGGUUCUGAGCCCCCUUUCCUUGGCUCUCACUUCCUGACUUAAUUGCACAGGUUGGUGUGACUCUUGUGGGGCUCCCCAGCUCCCCACCUCAAGGUCAUGGAGGAGACCAUGAAGCUGGUGUUGCAUAAACAAUGGCUUUGUGACUGGUGGCAGUCUUGGUGACACCUGAGGGGCACCCUGACUCUUGUCCCUGACGUGGAGAUAGGAUGGCAUUCGAUAGGAUGGGACCUUCAGAUGGGUUUGAUUGUGUAGGUUCCUGUGACAUAUGACAUGUGAUACCCAAACUCCCUCUUCCUCAUCUGAUUUCUGAUACCUUUGAUACACCAGAAGAUGGAGACUAGUCCUCUUUUUAGGGUGUAAGGACUGCUACAGGCUCUGCCCAGGAGUAGCUGAAGGCUCCCCCAAAGUGGAAGUUUGGGGAGACUAAAGAACAAUGGAAUCUGUAGGUGCCUGUGGCUAUGACUAGUGUCUCUUGCCCAAGCCAAGGGGCUUUGGGGUUGCCUCUUCUCCUCCCAUUCUUCUUUACCCAGAACCCAUUGUGAGCUGGGUAAAAAUUGCCCAUCUCCUGCUUUUUAAAUAUUUAUUUGAGCAGAGUCUCAUGUAGCCCAGGCGGGUCUCCAACUCCCUAUGUAGCCAAGACUGGCCUUGAACUCCCGACCUCCUGCCUCCAUUGCCACAGUGCUGGGAUGACAGGUGUGAGCCACACCCUGCUUAGAGUAACCUGGCUCUGAGAACAAAGAUGGCACCAGAGCCUCCAGCCAUUCAGGAAACUUCCAGCUGCCUUCAUGUAAAACUGCUGUCUUCCCCAUCACUGGAAGAGGCCAAGUGUUGUGGGUUCUUCUUGCUUUCCUGAGGGGAAACCAAGGCACACAGCAGGAGAGAGGGAGGGACUCCCCUUCCCAUCUUCCUGUUCCCUGUCAGCUUAUAGGCAGCCCUUGCAGCUUCUCCCAUCUACCCAAAGGGUGAAAUAAUACCUACCUCACAGGACUGCAGUGAGGCUUGGUGAGGU